UGCUACGAAACGCAAAAAGAAAAACUCUUGAUAGUCAAGUACAUCUUCUGAUGCAAAUAUUCCCGUCUUUGCCAUCAUCAUCGCAAUCAUGUCGUCUGCCUAUUCAUCAACGUCAAAGUUGAUGAUGAGCGGGAUGACGAAUGUAUGGCAGAGUACACAAAGGCUGCUUCGAGAUGCAUCUUCCAUUUCUCCCGCAAAUCAUUUAGCAUCAGAUCCAUGGAUUGCUACAGGUGAAGGUUCUUCUCUGGGUUCGCAUUUGUUGCUCAAUGAGGCUGCGAAUUUGUCCAAUGUGACUUCAAUACAUGCCCCACUCAGCUAUGAUCAACAUACCGCAUCAUUUUUGGGGAAAAUGUGCGAUAACGCUGAAGGAUGGGGACCAUCUUCUACAGUUCGUGAUCUAGAUUUCACGCCAUGCUUUCAAGAUGCCGUUUUGACCAUUGUACCGGGAGUGUUGCUGGCAAUCUGUGCUGCGGUGACGAUUUCUCAAAGAAUGAAAAUCCCUGCAAAGCCACUAUCGCACGCCAGUCACACGAUCCUGAUCCUCAAACAUGUCUUGGUCGGUAUUCUAUGCUUUUGUGCGGCACUAGAGGUUUCUCUGUCCUUCGGAUCCAGCAAAAUCACCAGCAUUCGAUUCCUCGCAUCUCUCGCUCUUUUGGCUUCUUAUGCACUUUCUUUACCUCUUCAACACUACAAUCAUACCCGCGAAAGACGUUCAUCAACUGUUUUGCUCUUUUUCUGGCUGAUACACUUGGUCUUUUCUCUGAUCAGAUUACGUACGUUGGUCACCUUUCCUUCGCCUCCAAUUCAGGAUAACAUGGUAGAAUUUGCUCUCCGUGCGACCCGAGUCAGUUUGGUAUUGAUCGUAUUUGCGUUAGAGUGUGUUGGUGUGGAAGUAGGCGGACCCAGACCAAGUGCAGGAGGGGACCCGAAAAAGACAAUUGCAAACGGUAAUGGAACAUCACGUCAUCAGCCACAGAGCUCUUACGAUUCAGCAGAAAAUCCAAGUACAUUCAGCAUUCGCAGCGAUUCCAGCGAUGCAGUAGCAGGAGAAGAUGCUCGUGCAGACACUGGCGAGAAGGAGUGCCCGGAGAAUGUGGCCAAUAUCUUCUCCCGGCUAUCCUUCCAUUGGAUGCAGCCAAUGAUGUCUCUUGGCUCAAAGAAAUUUUUGACGGAAGAAGACAUGUGGUCCUUGCCACCUGGUGAAGAUGGCGAAAACUUGGGAAAACGAUUUGAAGUAUGGUACGGCAAAACACGCGAUAAAGACGGCAAACCAAUGUUCUGGACUACAUUGGCAAUGGCAUACGGAGGACCAUUCUUGUUUGCUGCCGCUUUGAAGGCUGCCCAAGAUGCAUUGGCUUUUGCACAACCGCAAUUGCUUCGCAGGCUGUUGCAAUUUGUGCAAACGUAUGAAGACAAGAACGCUGUCAAAGAGCCUGCCUUUCACGGAUUCUUCUUUGCUACUCUCUUGUUCAUGGUGGCUGUGAUUCAAACGUCGUUCUUACAUGCAUACUUUCAAAGAUGCUUCACUACUGGAAUGCGUGUUCGUGCCGGUUUGGUGAGCGCCAUUUACAAAAAAUCUUUAAGGCUCUCGAACGAAGAUCGUUCGGGUCGCGCGACAGGUGAUAUUGUCAACUUGAUGAGUGUUGAUGCGACACGUUUGCAGGAUUUGUGUACGUAUGGACAUAUUGCUUGGUCGGCUUUGUUCCAAAUGACGUUGGCUUUUGUUUCAUUGUAUAAUUUGCUUGGAUGGCCAAGUUUUGUCGGUGUUGCAAUUAUGGUCGUCUCAGUCCCGUUGAACACCGCCUUGGCACGAUAUAUGCGCUCUCUUUCCGAACGUACGAUGAAAGUCAAGGACAAGAGAACAAGAUUGAUGAACGAAAUUUUGACAAACAUCAAAACGAUCAAAUUGUUCGCCUGGGAGGAGGCCUUCUCGAAGAAACUCUUCAGUGUUCGUAAUGAUGAGGAAUUAUCACUUUUGAAAUUGAGCGGAGGAGUGAAUGCUUUCUUCAACUUCUUUUGGACGGCAAUCCCAUUCUUUGUCUCACUUUCAACAUUCAUCGUUUACAGCGUCGUCAAUCCCGACAAGCCAUUGACGGCAGAUGUCAUUUUCCCUGCUUUGAGCUUGUAUGCAUUGUUAUCUUUCCCACUUGCCAUGCUUGCAGGUAUUGUGGCCGCCAUCAUUCAAGCGUUGGUUUCUGCUCGUCGUCUUUCGGCAUUCUUGGAUGCAGGGGAAUUGGACAGAAAUGCACGUAAGCUCAUCCUACCACCACAGCCUCUUGAUCCACUUUUGCCAGAUGCACAGGCGGAUAUCGAUACAAUAUCCAACACAAUCGAACUCAAAGGAGCCGAAUUCAAAUGGUCUAGAACACAACCUGUUCCUACAUUGGCUGAGUUGGAUCUAACAGUCUCCAAGGGAGAAUUGUUGGCCGUUUUGGGAAGAGUGGGUGAUGGAAAGUCAUCUCUCUUGGCUGCAAUUUUGGGCGAGAUGCACAAAACGGAUGGUGAAUGUAUCGUUCGUGGUAGAACUGCUUACUUCACCCAAGGCGGUUGGUGUAUGGGCGCAUCCGUUCGUGACAAUAUCCUGUUUGGACUCAACUAUGAACCUGAUUUCUAUCAACGUGUUUUGCGUGCUUGUGCUUUGGAACCGGAUUUGGCCAUCUUGCCGGAUGGAGACAUGACAGAAGUAGGAGAAAAGGGUGUUUCGCUUUCUGGUGGACAACGUGCUCGUGUUGCUUUGGCAAGAGCUUGUUAUGCCAGGGCUGAUAUUUAUCUGCUUGAUGAUCCACUUGCUGCCGUUGAUGCUCAUGUCGGUGCACAUCUUUUCAAACAUGUCAUUGGUCCAGAAGGUAUGCUCAAGUCGAAAACGAGAAUUUUGACAACCAAUACCGUCGCCUACCUUCCUCAAUGCGAUCAAAUCGUAUCUCUACGAAGAGGUGUCUUUUUGAAAGAACGUGGUACAUAUUCCGAUUGCAUGGCUGCUAAGGGAGAUAUCUACAAUCUCAUCAACGGUCUCGGUAAGCAAGCUGCAAGACAUCGAGGAGAAGAAGAGGCUGCAGAGACUGGUACUUUACCCGAUCCUGAAAAGCCCGAGCAUGAAAUGAUCGAUUACGAUACAGAAUUAGCACAUGGCGCUCAUGGAGAAGAAUCACUCAAAGAAACCAAACUACACAGACGCCUCAGCACAGCUUCUAUGCACAGACCUCGACCUCUCUCUAAACGUCAGAUCAAAAAGGAAACCGUUCGUCAACUUCGUGAGACAAGACAACAACGAGAAAAAUCUGAACAAGGCAGUGUGAGCUGGAACGUGUACAAAGAAUAUGCUUCGAGUGCAAGCAUGGUUGGGUUCACGCUUUACAUUGUUGCACAGGUCAUGACGCAAGUCUUGCAGGUUUCCCGUGAUAUCGUUUUGAAGCAAUGGGGUACGCACAACAGUGAGACAAACGGUGGAAAGCCUGCUGAUACGAGGUUUUAUUUGACCUUGUAUGGAUUGGUAGGUGUUUUGGCAAGUUUGGCUAUUUGUAUUGCUCCAUUCAUUCUCUAUACCUGGCUAGCCAUCUCCUCCGCAAAGAAGUUCCAUGAUGGUCUUUUCCGCGGUAUCAGUCGUGCGCCUUUGCAAUGGUUUGAAACGAUUCCAACUGGACGUCUGCUCAAUUUGUUCUCACGAGAUGUCAAUGUGGUUGAUGAAGUUUUACCUCGUGUCUUGAACGGAUUCUUCCGAACGAUGAUCGUUGUUAUGGGUGUCUUGGUCGUUGUCAGUGUGAGUGUGCCACCGUUUUUGCUGGCCAUCAUUCCACUGGGUUUCAUUUAUCGUGCUGUGUUGCGAUACUAUCUCGCCACAUCUCGUGAAAUCAAGCGAUUGGAUGCCGUUAGUAAAACACCAAUCUUUACAUGGUUCCAAGAAAGUUUGGGAGGAUUGAGCACGAUUAGAGCAUUUGGACAAGAAUCAAGAUUUAUUGCCACAAAUGAAGCCCGUGUGGAUCGUAAUCAAAUGUGCUACUUCCCUUCAGUGACUUGCAAUCGUUGGUUGGCUGUUCGGAUUGAAUUUAUUGGAUCAACUGUGAUUCUAAUCGCUUCCACACUUGCGGUUGCAUUGGUUGCUUCAGGUGGAAGAAUGGAUGCCGGUUUGCUUGGUUUGAUGAUGUCACAAGCACUUUCCACAACGCAAACGUUGAAUUGGGUCGUUCGAUCUGCUUCAGAGGUGGAACAAAAUAUCGUUUCAGUUGAAAGAAUUAUGGGCUAUACGGAAACCGAACCAGAGGCACCCUACGAAACCGAAUACAAACCGCCUGCCAAUUGGCCAACGCAAGGCAAAAUCGAAUUCAAGGGAUAUUCAACACGUUAUCGCAAAGAGUUGCCACUUGUUCUUAAAAAGCUCAACAUGACGAUCAAGCAUGGCGAGCGAAUCGGUGUGGUUGGAAGAACGGGAGCGGGAAAAUCUAGUUUGACAUUGGCGCUUUUCCGAAUUAUUGAAGCUGCAGAAGGAGGCAUCUGGAUCGAUGAUGUGGAAAGCAAUAAACUGGGUUUGAAGCAGUUGCGUUCUUCUUUGGCUAUUAUCCCGCAAGAUCCUCAAUUAUGGGAAGGUACAUUGCGUGAUAAUGUCGAUCCGGGAGAAAAAUACUCCGAUGAAGCUCUCUGGAAAGCAUUAGAUCAAGCUCGGUUAAAAGAGCAUGUCAGUUCUUUGGAGGGUGGAUUGGAUGCCAUGUUGACAGAAGGUGCUUCCAAUUUCUCAGCUGGACAACGUCAACUGUUGUGCGUUGCUCGUGCGCUUCUGAGGGGAUCAAAGAUCUUGGUAUUGGAUGAAGCCACUUCCAGUGUCGAUUUGACAACAGAUGAUCAAAUUCAAGAAGUCGUCCGCAAGGAGUUCAACGGGACCACCCUUACGAUUGCCCAUAGAUUGAACACCAUUUUGGACUCUGAUCGUGUUUUGGUACUCAAGGAUGGAGAAAUUGCCGAACUGGACUCACCAGAAGCCUUACUCAAAAACAAACAAAGCAUCUUCUUCUCCAUGGCUGUUGAGGCAGGUUUGGCAAAAGUGUGAGGGGGGCUUUCCUGGAAACGGAUUUGUUGCUUUUCACAUGCUUUCUUGUAUUGCACAUAUAUAAUUAUAAUUACAUGUUAUCGAACGCUCUCAUGGCGCAGACA